CCCGCGGAGGGCGGGGCUGCGGGGCGGGCCCGGCACUCGGAGCCGCCGCCGCCGCCGCACAGAGCUGCCGGGCCCGAGGCCGAGCCGCAGCCGCCGCCGCCGCCAUGCCCUCGGAGAAGAGCUUCAAGCAGCGCCGCACCUUCGAGCAAAGAGUGGAAGAUGUGCGACUGAUCCGAGAGCAGCAUCCAACUAAAAUACCAGUGAUCAUUGAAAGGUACAAGGGAGAGAAGCAGCUUCCAGUUUUGGAUAAGACCAAGUUCCUGGUGCCAGAUCAUGUCAACAUGAGCGAGCUAAUCAAAAUUAUCAGGCGCCGCCUGCAGCUGAACUCCAACCAGGCCUUCUUCCUCCUGGUGAACGGACACAGCAUGGUGAGCGUUUCCACCCCCAUAUCCGAGGUGUACGAGAGCGAGAAGGACGAGGAUGGGUUCCUGUACAUGGUGUAUGCCUCUCAGGAGACUUUCGGAGUGCAAUCUUCUGUCUAAGACACGCGGGCGGCUUCUAGCCUAGGAUUUUGGUUUGCCCUUGGCCAUCACCCCCACUCUUCCCCACACACACCCCAGGGAAAGAAACGGAUGUCAUCUACGCUCUCAGUACCUUAGAAUAGUCUUGCUUUAGCAGGUGUCUCAUCUUACCUUGCCUUGUUUGUGACUAUUAAACAGUACAGACGAGCACCUCCAGCUUUGAAACCUGCUGUAAUAUUUCACACAGGCACAUUUACAUUUCUGGACUUGACGAAUGGAACCCAAUUGUGCAUGUGACAAUUGCAAAUAAAGGGACACUCGAUUGAUUUUAACAAGCAAACAGGCAUCAGGGAGGAGCCAAAGUGUUUCAUCUGACAGUUUUCUGAAAAACCUCCCUGUAAUUCCUUAAAGAUCUUUUUUUUUUUUUUUUAAAUUACUUUUUAAAUGAGAAGGCUUCUCAUGAGAGCAAAUACGUUUUAAUGUUCCAAAGCAGAGCUUGUCUUCUGCAGCUCGGUGAGACUCAGGUCGGAGCUGCAGUGAGUUAAGGCAAACGCUUGGGGUGAGCUGGGGGAACACAACUCUUUUCUGUCUCCAGUUUUUGUGGCACUGCAAACUUAGGAAUGGUGCCAGUUUCUGAAAUACUCAUACCAAACACCACAGCUUUAUUGUAGUCGUAGGAAGUGUUUAACUGUAAAAUAAUACACACCUGGACAGGUAACAUUGAAAUAAACUCCAGUCUGUUAAGAAUUCCCAAUGCCUGUGUGUUCAGUGAAACACUGUUGUUCAUAUGAGCUCACUUCCAAAAGAUGAUCCCCCCCCAGCCCAAAGGUUUGCUGUUCCCUUUCCCAGCAGAUGGGGCCCCUGGGACAGGAGCAGUACUUACAGCCCUGCCUGUCCCUAGCUGCUCCAGCCCUCCCAGGAGAGCUUUGUUGUACCCACCACCCAACACUGGACUUGGACGUGCUGCUGGAAUGGCCAACCCACACUGCCUGACAAGCCUGUUGCCACCUGGGGGGGGUCAGGGAGAACAACCCUUUUUAGAAGCAGCUCAUGUCCAGGAGCUGCUGUCGAGAGUUGAUGAACAAAGGAUAUUUUUUUUUUUUCCAUCACUGAAGUCUCCUGCCAAUUGCAUGGGGCUUGGAAGAUCUUGGUGUUACCACUGUCCUGAGCAGGGAGGCAGCCUGUGCAGAGGAAAGGUAUCUCGUAGGACCUGUGUUUUUCCUCUAGAGUCAUUGUCAAGUGAAGUGUAGCAGGAUGAGAUUACUCUUGUAUAUGAUGUGUCUGUGAACUAACUCCAUCUGUUACUGGAAGCUAACUUACUAGAACGGGGGGAAAAGAAGCAAUACUACUGUGUCCUGGCACUCUAGCUCAGCAAGGUGUACAGUUUGUACCUAUCUACACCUCUCUGCAUGCAUCUUGUUCACAAAGCUUACUUCAGAUUUUUUUUUUAUUGUUCUUUGUGUUUUUACUCCAACGUAAACUUUUAAAUGCAGCUUGUUCUAUGUUUAGUUUUGUUCGUGUAAGAAAUUGUUUAACUCAGAACUGACAACCAUACUUGUAAUUAUAACGUGAUUGACUGAUAUUCCUGUACAAAUGUUGCUUUUUUAAAAUUAAUACAGUGCUGAUAUGGAUGGAUUACAUCCCAACUUAA